AUGUCCCUGCUGAAAUCUGAGGCGGCAUUUGAAGAACUUGCCACGGAAUGUGGUCUUUCAAGUGCUCAGCUGCUGAUCCUGAAAGGGAAAGGUGUCUCGACAAUGUCGUCAUUGGCCUAUGCUGUCACCACCCCGGGUGUGCAACCUACGGAGCUUGCCCUUCGUCAGCUUUUGGAUACUGCCACUCCUGAAGCUGUUUCAGUUGGCGCCUUAUCAUCCAUUAGGCGGUGUGUGUUUGAGUGCCAGACUUGUGUUGUGCAGCAACUCAAGCUCUCAGUUGAAGGGCAUGAGGGAGACAAGAAAUACGACCUCCCACCUGCUGAACGCACCAGCCGCAUUGCGGCUCAAAAGACCAGGCUUGUCGGUUUUGAGUUAACCGGCGCGAUGGAGUGCGCAUAUUCCUGCUACACUCUUGUGGGCUCCAUGCUUGAAGCCGACUCGCCAAUUUAUUUGGAGCCCCAUAGGUUCAUCACCAGGCAACAGGAGGUUUGCAGAGAAAAACCCAAGCGUGAGAUCGUGCUCGAUGGGGGCACCAAGCUCACUGUUCGUGAUCAGCAGAGUCGUGAUCGUUGCCAGAUCACCAAUGAACUUCAGCUCUGGCAGGCUCUUACACGUCGGAGCUUAGCCUGUGACCUUAUGGGUGCCAUCAGCUUCCAGGUGCAAGAAUCUUGGCACCGCUUUCUGUUCGAUCGCAUGGCUCAGCCUCCCCCUCCGAGGUGCAGCAAAGUUUCCAUGGAGCAAUUGUUGAGGGCUGAUCGUCAGGCUUGGGUUCAGUUGGCUGAGACGGUUAAGACGCUUAAGAGGGAUAGUGCCGGCGUGUUGCCUCUUGAUGCUGCCUUCCCGGGUCUUCGCACUGACCCUGCUGUCCUGUUCAACCUCCUUCCUUUGAGGUCGCCUGAUCCUCCUCAGAAGAUCCCGAAUCCGGAUAGGGGCAAUGGUAAGGGCCUUGAUAAAGGUAUCAAGAGGGACUCUGAAGGCCAGCCUCGAAAAGAGUCCCAGCUUCCUGAUGCCCUCAAGAACAUUCCAAACCUUAAGAAGAAGACCUCGAAAGGCAAGCGACUUUGUUGGGCAUACAACAUCAAAGACAGGGGGUGCAGCCAUGCUGAGGCUGGCAAAGCUUGUCGCUUCGGUCUUCACUUGUGCAUGCGCUGCGAGAAGCCUCACCCCCAGUUCGAAUGCCCUGCAGCUUCUGUUGAUGCUUCUGCCGAGGUUAAACAUCCGGCCGAGGAAUUUUCGCUGGGUGUAUUGACAUCUGGCACCGCUCCUUCGCGCAAGGACGUUUUGCAUCUUUCCACACUUCUUCCCUUCGAUGCUCCUCAGCCUUCUCGGGAUUUAGGUAGUGCCGGUCAAUCGUGGACCACGGGUCUGUACACCAAAGGUGGUAUCACGGCCCUUCGAUCUAAUGUGAAAUCCUUUCCAUUUUCGUCUUCUCUGCUUUUUGCUUUCAUCAGAGCCAUCAGUCCUUCCUUCGAGUGCACCAGUGCUGCUCUCUUUGUCGACUCGCAGACAGCUCUGCAUCGCGACAGCUACAAUGCGCACCUACCCAAUCUGUUGAUUGGGGUCAACUCCUUCUCAGGUGGCCAACUUUGGCUCGAGGGAGAGGGACCUCAUCCAAUGACCGAUCCUUCAGGUGCCCAGCUUCAUGGACAGCUGCACGAAGUCUCCCUCAGUCAUCUCACUUUCGAGGCUUGGAAAAACAGUUUUGCAAUCAAUCGUCAUCCCCGAAACACUCGGGCUCCUGUCGUUCCGCUGGACCUUUCCACUGACAGCGGCAUUUCGCUUUUGCGAGACAUCCUUUCGAAGGAUAAUGUUGUUGCUGUGCACAUGUCACCUCCUUCCAACUUCAGUGACCUUGCAGUAAGCAUUUACACGGAGUGUUGUGCCAAUGGUCUUCUUUGCUGCCUCGACGCCCCGUGCAGCUCCAACCUUUGGAAACUUCGUGACCUCCGGGGUGCCUGUCCGCAAAUCUCCACCCACUACAGUCCUUGCUUCGUGCACGACGGGCUGUGUCAGCAUCGGCGCCUGAUUCAUAACUUCCCUGCACUGUCAAGCCUUAGCUUUCCGUGUGGAGGGGGAUGCAAACCACCAAAUCCGGCGUUGCCUUUGUCUUCGUCCCCUGGUCAGCUUUGUGCCAUGGUAGCAAGGGCCUUUGCUGUUGAAUUGCAACACCAGGGUGCUCAGUUUCCUGCAGCAGAACUUCAGGAGCUUGGGCUCCCGUUGGCACGAGCCGCUCAGGUUGCCUCCGGAAAGCAACCCAAAGGCAAACGUGUUCCGCCUUUGGUCUCUGAGUACAAGUCCAUCAUCACUGUCACUGGCCCCUCUUGUGCUAUGCCCCCGAAGCAACUCUCAGAAGAUUGGGCCAUUCCUGAUAAAGUCUUGUGCAAGCCCUCCUUAAAGCGGCUACCCAAGACCGCCAAGCUGAUUCGCACUGUGCCGUCUGCUGGGGGUCCCUGCAGUGCUACUCGAGAACUUGGUUCUGAUAGUUCGGGUUUAGCCCCUUCCUCCCCUGUGGACGACUCCUUAAAGCCUGGCGCCCUACUUGAUGCCUGUUCGAAGCCUGGCGAUGGCCACUCUCUUGCCGCAGUCCCGCAUGAGGAGCGAACAUAUGGUAUCGCGUGGACCCCAGAAGAGUUCGUCAAACAGGCUCGCGGAGCCCUACACCCCAAGCGUAUCGAAAAUGGUGUGCCAAAGAUUUUAAAGGAGACCAUUGUGCGAUGCGCCCAGGAGUCACCUGCCGACCUUGCCAGGGAACGCACUGCUACGUUGAGGAGGUGGAUGCUUACCUCCGAGGAGGCGGCAUCCCGUGCAGAUCCCUCCGACAUGCCCGACCACUGCGCCGCAGUUCUUGGUAAGAAAUCCAUGAAAGUCUUCAAAUCCCUCUUGACUGAGGCCGAGUACCCGGACACAACCUUGACCAAGGUUUCCGCUGCCUCGCUUACCGUUGAGGACGUUCGUGCAGCCACUCCCCUUGCCAGGAAGGCCAUCCUGACCUCUACCAGAGAAGGUUUCGACCGCGAGGUGGCUGAAAGUGUUUACCAGCUUACGAAAGAUGAGCUUGCGAAAGGGAAAACAAAUUUUGUUGGGGCCUUUGAGGUUCAGGACCCUGCAUUGAACCAGGGUGAUGAAUCUGCCCCGUUCGACAGUCGGGCAGUGGCCUUUCAUGCCGACAGGGCUCUUGCCCCCAGCGCCGGGUCCAGGGCCGAUGGCCGCUUCUUCCAGCUCCGGUCUAAGGCCCUGGAUGCUAAUAGGAAGUGUGCCUUGAAGAAGUGGGUUACGCUUGUUUCCUUGGAUUUUAACGCCUGGGGUGUAGCCAAGCAAGCCAUGGGGCCUUUCGAUCCUAAAUUUGCCACAGGAGGCUUGGUGGAAAGUGUGCAGGAUUGUCUUGCAGACAAAGCCACAGCUACCUUGCACCAACGCGUGGGACCCAUCUUCAGAUACGUGCACUUCUGGAAGCUUCAGUUCGUAGUGUGCCUGCCUGUGAGAGAGCACCAGCUCUACGAUUACUUCAAGGCAAAUCCGAAUGCGGCCCCGACUUCAUUCAGGUCGCUGCUUAUCGCUUUCAGCUUCGCCAAACAUUUGCUAGGCUUGAUCGUGUUGGACGAAGCCCUGAGCAGCGGGCCUGCUCUAACCGUGGAGCAAGUCAAGCGACUUGAAGCUCUCGUGCUCAGCCUCCUCCUAGCGCGGCCAAUGGCGGGUGGACAAGACUUCCGCUUAAGGUCUCAAGUGGAGGACAAGUCGUUGAUCAUUUAUGCCAGGGAUUCACCAGCGGCUCCAUUGCGCGAGCUGGACCGGGUCAUCGACGAGAUUGCUGCCGGUAGAUUCAAGCCGGAUCUCACUCGAAGUGGGAUGAUAGCCAAUCUUGUAGAUCCACAGCUUCCACCUGAGCAUGAGGAGGAGGCUGACGCCAUAUCAUCGAGCUCUAGCGAGGCGUCCGAUGAUGAGGAAGAGGCUCCCGUGAGUGACGAGGAGCAGGCCUUGGAGCAGAUUGCCGGUCAGUGGGGCCCCGAGCCCGGCGACGGGCCUUGGGCUCGUCACAAACAGACUAGGUUUUUGCACAAGGUGAGAGAUGAGGCGCGAGCCAAGGACAUUGGAGUUUCAGAUCAGAGCUUCGCGAAGCUUGAGGCGGAGGGGCUGACAACGAUGGCAACUUUCGCCUUCUGUUGUCAUUUCAACCCGUCUGCGACAGACGAGAAGCCUCUCACCGACCUGGUGACCAAGGUUCUCGGUGCUGCGCCUUCCCUUAAGGAGAUGAGUUGCUUUCGGCGUCUGUUCGCCGAGGCAUACGCAACUGUUGCAUCCGACAUACGAGCUCAAGUGGAAGCAACGGAGGAUUCAUCGAUCAAGAAAUUAGCUCCGGCCGACAGGGCUGAGCGUUUGCGGGAGCAACAGGCCAGGCUCAAAGGUCUUGACUUGAGGGGCAACAUGGAGCCAGGCGAUUCCUUGAUAGAUCGUGCUGUGGCGAUCUACGAAUCUGACAGACUCCAAUAUGUGGAGUGGCAGCAUUCUGUCAGCAGGCAGCAUGAGCUUCUUACCGGGCUCAAGAAGGAUGCAUCGCUUACUUUGGAUUCUGCAGGCGGCCUGAAAAUUGCCAGCAAGCCCAAUGCGAGCAUCAUGGCAUACCAUUUGCACGAUGAGUUGCUUGAAAAGUACAUGUCGUUCAGGCUUACCGACCCUCCUCCGAAUCAUGCAAGGGUGAGCUUGAAACAGAUUGAGCAAGCUGACCGACAAUUUACCUUGUUGCUCGCGGAACACACUCGCAGCGGCAUCAAGGUGAAGGCGGGAGGAUCGCGGCCAUGCGAUGAUGCAUUCCGCAAAGUGUUCGAGAGCACUGAGUUCCUCUCGAUGCUAACCCCGAGGCCUCUUGCAGCGGGAUCAGGAGCUAGCCGUGACGCUUCCUCUGGUGAUGAGCCCCCGAUCAAGCGCCAUAAGGGCAAUGGCAAGGGCGUAGGUCGUGGGCGCGGGGGUAAGGGCGCCGGCAAAGGAUCCACCAAUGCCAGGGUCCCGGCAGAGCUCCUCGCACUCGGGUGCGUGGCCGCCAUGCCUAAAGGCGCCUUCGUCGUGACUAAUGAGUCCGACGAGCGCGCGCGCCCCACCAUCGCCAUUGGCGCACGGUGGGCGGCUAAAUUAGACGAUGCAUAUGCCUUUUGCGAAUCUUUGGCAAGCCACUUUUUGCAAUCUUCCGACUUCAGUGCGACUAACAUAGCGUCCAUUUUGGACGCAUUUCCUUCGGAGGACCACACUCGGACUUGGCUGGAAGCCGAUGGAGACUCUAAAGCCAUUACGGUAGGUGCGUGCAACCGAGGCGGGGUCACGGCAGUUCGCAGCAACACACGCCGCAUGCCGGCGGUGGCAAAGUAUCUUGCAGCUUGUGUCAAGUUGGUUGCACCGAAAUGCGAGUUCACAUCCGUGUCUGUGCACCGGAACCUACAAGCCCCAAUGCAUCAGGACUCCUUCAACAGCAGCGUGCCUAACGUCAUUGUCCCACUAUCCUCCUUUGCUGGAGGACACAUCUUCGUCGUGCAUCCUGAGGGCCCAGACCAAACAACCUACGAAGAUGUGCCGUGGACAGGUUUCAAACUCGAUUGUGCUUCUCAUGCUUGGGCGUUUGAUGCUAAGCACUGCAAACACUUUACUUUGCCGUGGAAAGGCUCCAGAUCCCUUCUCGUUGCCUUUACCGUUACGAUUUGCGGUGUCCACAAGCGUCCACCGAUUCGGCGCCACUGGCUCAGCCGAGUCCGGCCUUCGCCUUCUGCUGAGUUGCCCGCCGACGGGCCUUUGGUGAUCGAGCUCUGCGCCGGGUCCGCCAUUCUCAGUCAGACGGCCGCAUGCCGCGGCUUUGCAAUCAUGCCAGUGGAUCAUGCACACAAUCGCCACGCUCCCAUGUGCAAGAUCGUGAAUCUCGACUUGACAAAAAGCCACUCCUGGGAGGUCCUCAAAUUUGUAAUCAAGUCCCGGCGGGUGGUGAUGGUGUUUGCUGCUCCGCCUUGCGGCACCUGCAGUGCUGCUCGCAACUACCGCCCGGGACCCCCAGUGCUCCGCACCACUUCACAUCCGUGGGGUGUCCCGUGGGCCUCUACCAGAGACUGUGUCAAGCUUAAAGCUGCCAAUGCCAUAUACAAACACCUUUGUGCUUUUCUUGCAAUGUGCGAUCAGCACUCCGUGCCUUGGUGCGUGGAGAACCCUACCAACAGCAUGUUCUGGGAACUGCCAUGUCUCGCGUACCCUUUGGCUCAUGGUUUCUUCGCACAUUGUCAGGCAUGCGCUUUCGGCAGCGAACGCGACAAGAAGACCUCCUUUUUGUGCAACAGCUCGUGUAUCUCUCGCAUGGCUCUCAUGUGCCCAGGCUGCAAACAACAUGCAUCAUGGGGCCAGACCUCUUCUGCCACCUUCGCCACGGCGGAGGAAGCAGCCUACCCACCGGCCAUGUGUCAGGCCUUGUGUGACGUCUUUGAGUCUGAGGCUGCGCGCCUCAACUACACGUUGGGCUCGGCUCAUCCAGUCCUGGCCCGAGCCCACAAGCAGCCUCGCGGGCGCCUACACCCGCAACUCCUGUCGGAACAUAGUGCAAUCCUCUCCCGUCUGCUGCCCCAGGCCCCGACCCUUAAUUACAAGCGCUGCCUCAAGCAUGAUGUUCACGGCGUCCCGGCCGGCAGCAAACUCUUGCGUUCCGAGAAUAGGGGAAGUAAAGGUGUCUUCUGUGUCUUUGGAGUCUUCAGGAGCCCAGAGUCUUUCGUCAGAGAGGCUAAGCUGCUGCACCACCCGUUUGAUUCCCUGGCACAGCUACCAGACUACUUGAUCAAAUCCCUGUUUGAGCAGAUAACAAAAUCCCCUGCGGAGAUCUGCAAGCUCAGACUUCUUCGUCUUCAAAGAUGGAGAGCCAGAGCGACGGAGCUGGCGCCAGUCGAGCAUGCACACCGUGCCAAGAUGCAGCCUUCCGUGAGGGAAAUCCUCGCCAACAAGCGUACGGCUCUCCUGGAGGAGAUGGCGGCCGAAAUUGAUUGGCCGGACAAGGGUCUCUUCUCAGAAAUGCGCCAGGGCUUCCGACUCGUUGGCUGCCUGAGCCCUUCUGGUGUGUUCAGGGAAGGAGGGUACCUCGCCUCCAUCAGCGAAUCGGAGUUGAUGGAAAACGCUGAUAGCAUCAAAGAUUCUCUCUUGUCACGUGUGUCAUCUGACCCUCUUGACGAGAACGCUGACGAGCUGUACGAUGUGACUCUUCAAGAGUCAACCCAGAAAAAGUGGCUAGAAGGGCCGAUGUCUCCCGAAGACAUUGGAAAGCGACUUGGGGCAUGGAUCCCAGUGCGCCGCUUCUGUGUUGUGCAAAAAGGACGCUUGAGACCGAUCCACGACUUCAAGGAGAAUCUUGUAAACCAAGCCUGCUCUACAAGCGAACGGAUCGUGCUUCAGGCGAUGGACCAUCUUUUAUGGUCUCUUUCUGUGUUGUGCCAUUUCUACCGGAAGCGAGGAGCCGUCGAUUUCACUUUGUCCUCUGGAGAGAGGUUGACGGGGCACGUCCACCCUGACUGGCAGAAAUCGGGGGCGAGCAUGCAAGUCGCCACCUUGGACUUGAAAUCCGCAUACAAACAGCUACCUUUGAGUCCCUGCGAUUUCGACAAAAGUGUGGUGACCUUGAAGGAUCCGAAAACGGGAUCCAUCUCUUGCUUUGUCAUGCGCACGCUCCCAUUCGGAGCGCUUGCAUCAGUAUACCACUUUCUGCGCGUCAGCUUGCUGUUGCAUGCCCUCGGGUGCCACCUAGGAGCAUGCUGGUCAGCAUACUUCGACGAUUUCCCCAUGGCAACGCAUUCGCUUGUGGCCACGUCAACUUCGGCUCUAGUUAAGGGGUUCCUUAAGUUAGCGGGGUUCGACUUUGCAGAUGAGAAGUGCACGCCUUUCUCUGCCGAUGUCGAAGUCUUGGGAGUUACUCUGGAUGUAUCCCAGAGCACGGAGGGACUUAUCAAUAUCCGAAACAAGCCUUCCAGGUGCGAGGAGCUGAAUGCUGUGAUUGAGGAGGUUCUUAGGGAUAAGUCCAUAGUCCCCUGCCGGUUACCCUCCUUCAUAGGCAAACUUCAGUUCGCUGACGGUCAAAUCUGGGGCCGAGCUGGGCGCAUGGCCUUGCGCGAUCUAAGGACUUUAGGGUUCACUUCUAGGGUGCCGGUCUCCCUCGAUGCCAGCGGGAUCGAUGCGCUCAAAAUCCUCCAGCAGAGGUUGAUGCAUGGAAAGCCUCGCGUCAUCCGGGCCGGAUGGAAAGAGAAGCCGAUACUGCUCUUCACUGACGGAGCCCUGGAGGACGACAACCCGGAUCACGGACCGGCCACCGUGGGUGCGGUCAUGUUUAAACCGGAUGAGCCCAAUGUUUAUGCUUUCGGGUGCGAGGUGCCGACUGACGUGCUGUCUCAUUGGAGAUCCGACGGCAGGCAUCAUGUCAUAGGCCUCGUAGAGCUUUACGGCGCCGUCCUGGCCCUUCGGCAUUGGCGUAAACACUUAGACGGCAGACGUGUGAUCCUGUUUAUCGACAAUUGGCCUGCACUUGAUACCCUUGUCAAAGGUGAUGCCAGUCUUGAGAUGUGGCGGGAAAUUCUUAUGAUUAUUGAAAAUCCCCAAGAAGCAUCCCCGUGCUUCUUAUGGAUAGCACGUGUGCCUUCAGCCUCGAACAUCGCAGACUCGCCGAGCCGCGGAUCGCUGUCCGAGCUUAGCCAUUGGCCUCUACUUGUUGAGGUACCCAAGUGCCCGCUGUCGAAAGUUGCUCUGAAGUCGAUUGUGUCAUCAUGCUAA